AACUGAAACCUGGUUAAAUAAAUAGUCUACAUGCUAUCUGAUGUUUUUUUUCAUAAGUUACGUCACAUAUUAAACUGACAGUCAUAUGACUUCAUGGAAAUUAACAGCGAAAGAAACCGAAAGAACUCAAAGCCUCAGAGUGUUUAGUUUGAGUGAGUCCAUCCAUCCAUCGUCAACCGCUUAUCCUGCGUACAGGGUCGCGUGGCGCUGAAGCCUAUCCCAGCUGACAUCGGGCGAAAGGCGGGGUACACCCUGGACAGGUCGCCAGUUGGUUUGAGUGAGUAGGCUACAUAUUACAUUUAGUCAAGAUGGACAGCAGUGUAACAAGUGAACAGAGAAAUAACUCCAGACAACAGAUAAGCAAUAUGACACAACAGGAGAAGUGUUACGACCCUCGAGACAGAACACUUACAUUUGUCAAUGGAGAGGAUGACUUAGACUUUUUGUGCGAUGACUUCAAGUCUCUCAGAGCAAAGAUGUCCUGUGGUCAUGCUGUCACUCCGAUGUCUCUCACCAACUGGUGUCGCAGGUUGCUGGAUAAGGGUGAGUACAGAUUUGUUUGUGGCAAACCUGACUGUGAUAUUGAGUGGCCAUAUGAGGAGGUUUGUAAAAUGGCUCUUCUAACCAAAGAAGAAAUGAAGUACUUUGAAAAGAAAAUGUUCCGUAACACUGCCAAGGAUUACUUGAAUGUCAAAUUUUGUCCUGGCUGCAAGUCUUGUGUGGUGAGGGCUGAUUUCAGUGAUCUGGGUGUCGAGUGCACAAAGUGCACAGCUGCCAAAAGAAGACCUUUCAGAUUCUGCUGGCAGUGUUUGAGGGAAUGGAAAGGUCCGGCUCCACGUUCAGACCGCUGUGAAAAUGAUGGCUGCGUCAAUGAGCCAUUAGAAACACUGAGAAACUGUCCAGAUAUCGUCUUUGAGUCUGUGAAGGGCGUCACUGGCUGUCCCUGCAUCCGUGCCUGUCCCACCUGUGGUUUUCUGGUGGAGCAUAACAGAACUCAGUGUAAAACCAUCGUCUGUUCUCGCUGUAAGGUGAAGUUCUGCUUUGUUUGUCUGCAGUUCACUGAAGAGUGCCUGAAGCGCAACGCAUACAAACUUUGCCCCACUGGUGUUGCACCGAGACAGACCUCGAUACCUGUGUGGCAGAAAAAGUUAUUUUAUAAUGUCAAUCAUCAUAACUGAUGUUACUCAGCCAGGAUCUCAACCCCACACCAACUUUUAGUAGUAGUUAUAAAG